AUGGGGAUCAAAGAAAUCCGCACCGCUCUGAAAGUUGACCUGAGCAAGCCGGCUGGUGAGCAACCUGGCUUACAUAACCGAUGGCAUCCAGACAUCCCCGCCUGUAAUAAAAUCGCAAACAACGAGGUUGUCAAGAUCGAAUGUCUCGACUGGACGGGCGGUCAGAUCCAAAACAACGACAGCGCCGACGACAUCAAGAAUGUCGAUCUGACGCAGAUCCACUAUCUCUCGGGCCCGUUUGACAUCGAGUCUGCAGAGCCAGGAGACGUACUGCUCGUGGAAAUCCAGGACGUACAGCCAUCCCAAGACCAGCCGUGGGGGUUUACCGGAGUAUUUCAUCGCCAGAAUGGCGGAGGGUUCUUGGACGAGCUGUAUCCCGAGGCAGCAAAAGCAAUUUGGGAUUUCGAGGGCAUCUUUUGCUCUUCGCGUCACAUUCCCCAUGUCCGCUUUGCGGGACUGAUUCACCCCGGGAUCCUGGGAUGUGCCCCUUCCGCUGGGGUUCUGGCGGAAUGGAACCGUCGUGAAGGCGAAUUAAUUGCCGCCAAUACAUCGACCGAUCGGGUUGUUGCGCAGCCGCCAGAACCAAAAAGCUCUCAUGCCGGAGGUGCCGAUGGAGAUAUCAAGAGCAAAGUGGCCAAAGAAGGAGCCCGAACAAUCCCGGGUCGCCCCGAGCAUGGAGGCAACUGCGAUAUCAAGAAUCUCUCCCGCGGGUCCAAGAUCUAUCUGCCCGUUCAUGUCCCAGGCGCCAAGUUCUCCGUAGGAGACCUUCAUUUUUCGCAAGGAGACGGCGAGAUUUCAUUCUGCGGUGCCAUCGAGAUGGCGGGUGUGAUCACGCUGAAGUUUAAUGUCAUCAAAGCUGGCAUGGCGAAACUGGGCAUGAAGUCACCCAUCUUUCAGCCGGGUCCUGUCGAGCCGCAGUUCGGUCCGGGACGCUAUCUGACCUUUGAGGGGUUCUCGGUCGAUGAACACGGCAAACAACAUUAUCUGGAUACGACUGUUGCGUACAGACAGACCUGCCUGCGUGUCAUUGAGUACCUGCGGCGCUAUGGAUACAGCGAUUACCAGAUCUAUCUGCUGCUUAGUUGUGCGCCGGUGCAGGGCCAUAUUGCUGGGAUUGUAGAUAUCCCGAAUGCAUGCACUACACUUGGCGUGCCAAUGGAUAUCUUUGAUUUUGAUAUUCGGCCCGAGGCAGAGAUUGUCAAGAGGGAGAUGGGGAGCUGUGCCUUUGCAAGCUAG